CCUGCCGUAUUUGAAUCUCUCCUCCACACUCCAGUGAAGAGAAAAGCAGGUUCUCACCAGCUCAAACACUACGAAAUGGCAACUCAGACGUCUCACUUUGAGGAGAACCUCCUGUGCCCUGUUUGCCGUGACAUCUUCAGAGAUCCCGUUCUCCUGCUGUGUUCUCAUAGCUUUUGCGGGGCCUGUCUGGAUCAGUACUGGGAGCUCAGCGGCUCACAGAUAUGCCCUGUAUGCCGGACAGACUUCUGCAUGGACCGUCCUCCAUGCAACCGCGCUCUGAAGAACCUGUGCGAGAUCUUCCUUCAGGAGAGAAGAAAGACAGUGUCAACGGAGCCUGAGUUAUUCUGCAGUAUGCAUGGAGAGAAACUUCAGCUCUUCUGUGUGGAGGACCAGCAUCUCUUGUGCAGUGUGUGUGUGACUGAUGACAUGCAUGUUAAACACACAUUCAGACCUGUGGAUGAAGCUGCAGUGGCUCUCAAGGAGGUGUUCAAAACAAGCCUGAAGCCUUUGCAAGAGAAGCACAAACUCUUGAAAUUAGAAAAAUUCAUCUGUAAUCAACGAGUGAAACGCAUCAAGAAUCAAGCUGAGCAAACAGAGGCACAUAUUAAGAAGGAGUUUGAGCAGCUUCGUCAGUUUUUGCGCGAUGAAGAGGCGGCCAGGGUAACAGCCCUGAAGGAGGAAGAGGAGCAGAAGAGGAAGCUGUUAGAGGAGCAGAUGAUAAGAAUUAACAGUGAACUCUCUUCUCUGGUAGAAAGAAUUCGGAUCACUGAGGAAGAGAUAGAGACCGACAACAUCUCAUUCCUGCUGAAGUACAAAGGCCCACCUGAGAGCACUCAGUGCACCACUCCCAGUCCAGAGAAGCUCCCAGAAGAGCUGAUCAAUAUGGCAAAGCACCUGGGAAAUCUGAAGUUCAGCGUGUGGCAGAAAAUGAAGUCUGCAGCUCAAUACAUUCCUGUAGUCCUCGACCCGAACACGGCUCACCCAUGCCUGCAUCUGUCUGACAGUCUGAGUGAUGUGAGGUUUGGUCAGUGGAGUCCACAGGCCUUGGGUUACUCAGACAAAUCUGAGGGCUAUACGAGCGUCCUGGGCUCUGAGGGCUUCAGCUCUGGGACUCACUACUGGGAUGUCGAGGUCGGUGACAACAGCACCUGGGCCUUGGGUGUGAUUUCAGAGUCUGCCAUCCGGACUCGAGACAAUCUGCCCAGUUCUGGUCUGUGGCGCCUGGGCUUUCACAAUGGCAAGUACGGACAAAGCCUUUCAGGGGAGUUCCUCACGCCGCUCACUGUGAAUCAGAAGGUCCAGCGCGUCAGAGUCCUGUUGGACUGGGACGGAGGGCGCGUGUCGUUCUUCAAUCCUCUCACCAGCACGCAUCUCCACACCUUCACACACGCUUUUAGCGAGAAAGUGUUUCCGUACUUCUGUAACGUGUGUUCGUCUCAAGCUCUGCGGAUCUUGCCGGUAGAAAUGGCUCCAGCAGGACCGGACGUACAGAGAUUUUCUGCAUUAACCAGCAAAAUAGAGAAGUAAAAAUCCUGCUCAUUUUCUAUGCAGAAAGAGAAAAUGAAUGGAAAAUUUCAAUAUAAUUUUUUUCCCCAAUACAUCACUGUGAAAGCUGCUGUGGUAGGCAGAGCUUACUGUAUAUUCAAAAGAUGUAACUGUGAAAUCUGCUGUGAUAAUUAGUUUCAUUUUUACUUUUACUGACAAGAAGUAAACAUAGUGCACACACACACAAUCAUAAGACAGCACUCUGGAAAUUAUAUUAAUUAUGUGAUGUAGGAUUUUCACGUUAGUUGUCCAGUGCAGUUUCAUGUUGUCUUGUCAUUUUUUGGCUUUUAUAUAUUAUUAUUUUAGAUAUUUAUGCAUAACUGUGAAGUGUUUAUUUUGUGUGUGUGUGGGCUUGCGUGACAAACAAUCCUGGUGUAAAUUGCGAAAUAUGAUUUAUCCCUGAACGUAUGAAGAAGACCCUUUCCACCAAAAACUCUCAACACAUUGCAAACAUAGCUCUGUUUCAAAGAGCACACUCUUUUGGUUCUUUCUUCUGUAUUUAUAUUGUAAGAGAAACAAAAGCAUGGUAUGAUGACAAAGUAUGAUAAACUGGAAAAUUGGAGACAUAUGUCGACAGAUAGACAUAUAGUAUUAUAGAAGUGUUAAAAUAUACUGUUAAGUGUCUAAUUAAUGGGACUCUGUUUUUAGUUUUGCAACUCAUCAGCUGAUUGAUAUAUUCUCAGUGCAAACGAAUUGAAUGCAUGUCCAAUAGUAAUGUAGAUCACAAUUAGUCCUUUACUUUAAAUACAUAUUAGAAAUAAAGAAUAAAAAGGGAAAGCUGUUUAGCAAUAUUAAUAAGUGUUUAGCUGUUAACCAAGUUUUAAGCAAUAAUAUUAUUUGGGAUCUUUAAACUAUCAAUUAUUCAAAGUAUGUUAAUAGCCUAUAUAUAUAAAAUAGUUUUGCAUAUGUAGUUUGUUGAGUAUCAUAUUUCAUAAUCAAUUUAUGCCUCAUAUAGGAGAAUAUGGACACCAUACUAAAGGAAAAACACCUCCGUUUUAUUCAGAAGAUCAAUUAGAUGCUAAUAUUUAUUUGGAUAAAAAAAAAAAAAAAAAAAAAAAAAAA